AAGUGACGUCAUCGGUUGUGCUGAUAGCAGGAUACUAGUCAGGAGAUUCUGUAGCUUAGCUAGCUAGCAGGCUAUUCAGCGGUGCGUCUCUUCUCUGCUCUCCGGAGAUGAUGGGUGGUAAAACCAGCUCCAUGGCAGCUGGGGUGGCCGGAGCCAUGUUCAUUGGAUACUGCAUUUAUUUCGACAGAAAACGACGGAGUGAUCCGAACUUCAAGAAAAGGUUGCAAGAACGCAGAAGAAAACAGAAGUUUUCCCAAGAGAAGACUGGAUUAGCAAGGCUGCCUGACCUGAAGGAUGCAGAGGCUGUACAGAAGUUCUUCCUGGAGGAGAUCCAACUGGGAGAGGAGCUGCUAGCACAAGGAGACUAUGAGAAGGGAGUGGACCACUUGAUCAGUGCCAUAGCAGUGUGUGGUCAGCCCCAGCAGCUGCUCCAGGUGCUACAGCAGACUCUGCCUCCUCCAGUGUUCCAGAUGCUGCUCACCAAACUGCCCACCAUCAGCCAGAGAAUCGUGAGUGCUCAGCGUUUGGCAGAAGAUGACGUUGAGUGAAUGAGUUGGUGUGAGUGUGUGUAACUGCGUGUGUGGCUGUAUGUAAAGUGUGUGUAACUGCGUGUGUGGCUGUGUAUGACUGUACUGUCUGGCUGUAUGUAAAGUGUGUGUAACUGCGUGUCUGGCUGUGUGUAAAGUGUGUGUAACUGCGUGUGUGGCUGUGUAUGACUGUACUGUCUGGCUGUAUGUAAAGUGUGUGUAACUGCGUGUCUGGCUGUGUAUGACUGUACUGUCUGGCUGUAUGUAAAGUGUGUGUAACUGCGUGUGUGGCUGUGUGUAAAGUGUGUGUAACUGCGUGUCUGGCUGUGUAUGACUGUACUGUCUGGCUGUAUGUAAAGUGUGUGUAACUGCGUGUCUGGCUGUGUGUAAAGUGUGUGUAACUGCGUGUGUGGCUGUAUGUAAAGUGUGUGUAACUGCAUGUGUGGCUGUGUAUGACUGUACUGUCUGGCUGUAUGUAAAGUGUGUGUAACUGCGUGUCUGGCUGUGUGUAAAGUGUGUGUAACUGCGUGUCUGGCUGUGUGUAAAGUGUGUGUAACUGCGUGUGUGGCUGUGUAUGACUGUACUGUCUGGCUGUAUGUAAAGUGUGUGUAACUGCGUGUCUGGCUGUGUGUAAAGUGUGUGUAACUGCGUGUCUGGCUGUGUGUAAAGUGUGUGUAACUGCGUGUGUGGCUGUGUAUGACUGUACUGUCUGGCUGUAUGUAAAGUGUGUGUAACUGCGUGUCUGGCUGUAUGUAAAGUGUGUGUAACUGCGUGUCUGGCUGUGUAUGACUGUACUGUCUGGCUGUGUAUGACUGUACUGUCUGGCUGUAUGUAAAGUGUGUGUAACUGCGUGUCUGGCUGUGUAUGACUGUACUGUCUGGCUGUGUAUGACUGUACUGUCUGGCUGUAUGUAAAAGUGCAUUCAGAAAGUAGUCAAUCCCUUUGAUUCUUUUUCACAUUUUGUUACGUUAUAGCCUUAUCCUAAAAUUGAUUUUUUUUUAAUUCCCCUCAUCAAUCUACACACAAUACCCCGUAAUGACAAAGAAAAAACAGUUUUUUAGAAAUAUUUGCUAAUUUAUUCGAAAUAAACUUAUUAGGAUAAAAAAUAUAUAUAUAUAUUUUAGAAUAAGGCUGUAACAUAACAAAAUGUGGAAAAAGGGAAGGGGUCUGAAUACCUUGUGUGUGUGUUUGUGUGUUUGUGUGGCCUAGUCAAGAUGGCUGCCAUUGGAUCUCUUCCUCAUCAACCAGGACACGGGCUGAUGGUACCUCUGCAUCAGUGCCCGAUAAGAAGCACUUUGCUGUCGUUCUCCACUCCGCCGUCUACUGUAACACAUUCCACAAACUAGAAAUGCAAAAGCCUCCAUCUAUAUGGAUAGUCUUAAAAAUAAGAAAAAUGUCAACUCCGUAAUUAACCUAUUCAGCUAAUCAUCCUAAAUGACCGUGUCAUUCAGUAGCGGGGUACAUUAGAGAUCUUUCAUAUACGAAGGCCCAACUGACUGGAAAUUAGGGCAUUAAAAUCUCUCUGUGAAUUUAUGCUCUUUUGAAAAUGUUAAGAAUGAACUGUUUGUGUUUUUUAACUAAUAAACACCCCCAUGUGAAGAUAUUUGUAAAUAUGUAUGUAUAUAUUAUAGCUACUUGUAUCAGUAGUUUUUUCAGUAGUUGUACAACUUAUUUUAUGCCAUUUAUGUAUUUUCUUUUUACUAUGAUUAUUAUUUUUUAGACGAAGUUGCCAUAUUAGUCUUGUUACUAAGUUUCGUUUAGGAUUUCUUCAUUUUGGACACUCUUGAAAACCAGAUGGUGCAUUUCUAGAGAUUCUUAUCCAGCAAAAUGUCUAAUAAAUACGUGCAGUAGCCGUGGUCCCUCUA